AUGAAUUCUGCACAUCAAAAAAAUGAUGAUAUUAUCCGUUUGGAUGAUACCUCAACAACAAAAUAUUAUGAUGAACAUGAUCAUAAUGAUAAGAGUCGUACAAGAUUUUCAGUAUCUCAAGAUUCAGUUGAUUCUGAUGAAGAAUUAACACAAAUUUUAACAACAGAAAAUCCAUAUGGACCAAAAAAUUUAGUCUUGUUUAGUAAUCGUGAUAAACAAUUUGUACCAUUAGGAAAUAUGGAACAUCUUAUAAUACAUUAUUCAUAUGAAGGAAAUCUUAUACCAAUUGAUUCUGAUGAAGCUAAAACUUAUUUACAAAAAGAAAAAUUUCAUAAAACACGAAUUCUUCCAACAGCAUUACUUGAUGUCUAUAAAACGAAAGAAAAAUCAACCGUAGAAAUAAAAAAAUCGAAUGAAAAUUUCGAAUCUGUACAACCGACAGGUGAUGAAGAUGAACAACAAACUAUUACAAAUGAAAUAACCGAACAAAGUGAACUCAAUGAACCGACUGAUGAAUUAACAUCAAUUUUACAAGCUCCAACUUCAUCAUUAAUUGAAAAACCUAAGAAAAUACUUAAUCGUUUUAAUUUUUGUGAACAAGGCAUACAAACAUAUUCAACAUCAAAAAAAGAUGUUACCACUCAAACUGAUCCAAUAAUAAAUAAAAAAUUUGUUGGUCUAGCAAAUCAACGAAUUAUUUAUCAAGAAUAUACAAUUGAUUAUGAAAAACAACAAAAAGAUAAAAAUAAACGAAAACAAAGAAUGAAUUAUGGAUCAAAUAAAAGUACACUAGAAAAAAAAAUUAUUAAAACCGAUCGUCUUAAACCAGAAACCCUUCUUAAACGCUAUCAAGUUCAAAUUUUAAAAGCAAUUGAACGUGUAUUGAAUCAAAAUCGAUAUCAAGAAUUAAUUUACAGUAAAAUAAAAUCCUUAUGA